AUGGCCGUCACAUUUACUCUGGACGACGUGCGCAAGCACAACAGCAAGGACGAUGUCUGGAUGGUCAUUCACAACAAAGUCUACAACGUCACAACAUACCUCGAAGACCAUCCCGGUGGUUCCAUCAUUCUUCGUGAGGUCGCCGGUACGGAUGCGACCGAGCAGUUUGUGGAGAUCGGACACUCUGUCGAGGCCACCGAUAUCCUAAAAGAGCUCUACGUUGGUGAUUUGGCGGAAGAGGAACAUGCUGAAGAGGUUGAGAUCUUCAGGCCAACAUAUGAAAAGGUCGCUAUGGAGGCCGCUGUCAAGGUCGAAAAAGCCACUGUCAGCAAGGUUAGGAAAAGUGUCAGGAGGACCAUCGCCAUGUCCUCCGUCAUCGCCAGCGUUGGCGCCGUUGGUUUGGCCAAGGGCUGGUGGACCGGUCCCGAAUGGGCUCUCGCCGCCGUCACCACCGCGCAAAAGCCCAUCAACCAGCUCGCCGACUUCAUCCGCUCCAAGUUCGCCCAAAACGGCAGCUCCUCCAAGCUCUUUUGGUGGGGCGUCGGCAUCGCCACCGUCGUCGAGCUCUCCUUGGCCACGGCCGCCACCACCUGGGCGCUCUCCAAGUUCGAGGCCCAAAGGGAGUUCACCCACUUCCCCCGCAGCCGUCCGGCCAAGAAGGAGCGCAAGGUGGCCAUUCUCAAGAUCCCCACCAACUCCACCUCGGGUCCUGCCGUCAAGCCUCCCGUCAAAGUGAUGGACCCGGCCGACUGGCGCAAGUUCAAGCUGGUGCGCAAGGUGUUGGUGUCGCCCAACGUCUACCACCUCGUCUUCGCCCUCCCCCACCCCACCGACGUCCUCGGUCUUCCCACCGGCCAGCACGUCGCCCUCCGCGCGCUCAUCGACGGCAAAUCGGUCUCGCGUUCGUACACCCCCGUCUCCAACAACUCGGACCUCGGCCGCGUCGAGCUGCUCAUCAAGGUCUACGACCAGGGCCUCAUGACCAAGCACCUCGAGCGCAUGGAGAUUGGCGACCAAAUCGAAAUGCGCGGGCCCAAGGGCGCCAUGCAGUACGUGCCCAACAGUUACGCCAAGGAGAUUGGCAUGAUUGCCGGCGGCACGGGUAUCACGCCCAUGUACCAGCUCAUCCGCGCCAUCUGCGAGGACGAGAGCGACAAGACCAAGAUCUCGCUACUGUAUGCCAACAACACCGAGGCGGAUAUCCUGCUGAGGGAGGAGCUCGACGGGUUCGUCAAGGCGUUCCCCGAAAAGCUGUCGGUGCAGUACGUCCUCGGCCAGGCGGACGAGAACUGGACGGGCCUUAGGGGUUUCGUAACUGCCGAUAUGAUCAAGGAUUUCUUGCCUCCUGCGGCGGAUACCACCAAGAUGCUGCUUUGCGGACCUCCUCCUAUGGUGGCUGCCAUGAGCAAGAAUCUGGUUUCUCUUGGGUUCACGGCCCCUGGUACGCUUUCCAAGGCUACCGAUCAGGUGUUUCUGUUUUAA